AUGUUGUGUUUCUCUGUUAAAUUGGUAGGACAGACUAAUUUGUUACAGAGAUAUGUAUCGUAUCAAACAAAAAGAACUUUUACAAAAAAGGAUAUUCCUAAUGAAAUCAUAUCAAGGAUAAAAGAUUCUAACUCCACAAAAUUAAAAAAAUUAAAAAAUAGUUUGACAUCAAUAAAAGAUGCCUUUGUUGUAAGGGAUGUUGAUGAUAUAUUAAUUGAUUGGAUGGGUCGACCACCUAUAAUUCCACAAUAUUGUGAUGUUGUAAUAAUUGGUGGUGGUGUAAUAGGCAGUUCUAUAGCUUAUUGGUUAAGGAAACGAGUUUAUUCAGAUGACUUUAGAGUUAUAGUUGUAGAGAAAGAUCCUAUGUAUACCACAGCAUCAACAGUUCUUUCUGUUGGAGGUUUACGUCAACAAUUUUCUCUAAAAGAAAAUAUUGAAAUGUCUCUCUUUGGUGCAGAAUUUAUACGCAAUGUCAAUGACUAUUUAGGUAUUGAUGGAGAACCUGCUGUUAAUACAUAUUUUCAUCCAUAUGGAUAUCUAACAUUAGCUUCUGUAAAAGGGGCUGAAAGAUUAAUAAAAAAUUCUAAAUUACAAAAUUUCCUUGGAGCAAAAAAUAUUUUAUUAUCAGCUGCUAAAUUAAAAAACAUAUUUCCUUGGUUAAAUACAGAAGGUAUUGAACUAGGUUGUUUAGGUUUGGAAAAAGAAGGUUGGUUUGAUCCAUGGGCUCUUCUUUCUGCAUUUAAGAAAAAGGCAUUAUUAUUAGGAGCACAAUAUGUUUCUGGAGAAGCACAAGGAUUUACUCAUAAAGAAGAUAAAGAAUCAUAUGGAGAGCUGGAUAAGUUGGUUAUAAAAACCAAAGAGGGUGAAAUACAUAAUAUACAAUUUUCAAUUGCUAUUGUGGCUGCUGGUGCUUUCAGUGGAAAAAUUGCAGAAAUGGCAAAACUUGGUAUGGGUAAUGAAUUACUGCAAAUAAAGCUACCUGUUGAACCAAGGAAAAGAUAUGUUUAUUGUUUUCACUCUCCUGAUGGUCCAGGUUUAAAUACUCCAUUAACAGUAGAUUAUUCUGGAACAUAUUUUAGGAGAGAAGGUUUAGCAGGUACUUUCAUUUGUGGAAGGUCACCAGAGGAAUCUGAAGAACCUACUAUUGAAGAUUUAAGUGUCGAUUAUGAUUAUUUUGAAGAGAAAAUUUGGCCCAUACUUGCCCAAAGAGUUCCAGCUUUUGAAAAAUUAAAGUUAAAGUCUUGUUGGGCAGGAUAUUAUGAAUUUAAUACUUUUGAUCAAAAUGGGAUAGUUGGAUUACAUCCAUAUCAUCAAAAUUUAAUGUUUGCAACUGGAUUCAGUGGUCAUGGAAUUCAACAAGCACCUGCUGUAGGUAGAGCAGUUUCAGAAUUAAUUGUUGAUGGCAAAUAUACAACAAUUGAUUUAUCAAAUCUUAGUUUUGAAAGGAUUAUUAACAAUACUCCCACAUAUGAAGCAAAUAUUGUUUAAGGCACUU